AUGUCAAAACCACUGAGACCGCUAUUCAUGGAGGGGUACUGGGACGUUGUAGUGUCGUCGCUUCAGGAUACUUGCAACGCAAACGAGGCUAACUCUUUUGAUCCUCUGGAGCUGGCGCCAGCUGAGGGGAAGGAUGCGAAAUUGCAAAAUCGAGAUAUCGUGGUAAAGCAUAAAGAGAAUUUGGAGAAAACAAAACGCAUUUUGGAUACAGCAUUGAUCAAUGUCAACGGCUUACUAUCACAGGCUAAGGUAACAGGGAACGAGGCUGAUGACGGAUCAGUUGGCAGACGCAACAAGCUUAAAUCGCAGAAAUUUGGUCGAUCGUAUUACCAGUCCCCGUAUAAUCCAUCAGAGCCUGUUGUUGUAGGAUCCGAAGUUGCCUUCAAGCCAAAACAAAAAGGAGCAGAAUGGAUUCAGUGUGAGGUUUUGAAGGUCCUAAAUGAAAUAAAAUUCGAGGUAAAAGACGCCGAACCUGAUGAAAACAACCCUAAUGGACAAAUCUUCAAGUGUACCUGGAAAGAAAUCAUCCUCAUGCCCACCGCAGAAGAUUUGGUGUCACUCAAAAACUACCCAGUUGGCUACAGAGUUCUUGCACGAUAUCCGGAAACGACGACAUUCUAUCCUGCAGAAGUCAUUGGAUUCAAGAAGGACGGAACUUGUCGUUUGAAGUUUGAGGGUGAAGAAGAGGUUGGUAAAGAAACAGAGGUGGAAAGGAAGCUAGUGUUGCCGUUCCCAGGCUAAAUUACUCAGUGGUAAGUGUAAUAAUAGUUAUACAUCAAAUUAAAAAUGAUAUGCUCAUUUUCUCCUUGUCUUUCUUCACAUCAUCGGAAGAAGAUUGAGGAAGAACAGAGCUAGCUGAAGUGUUGGUCAGCGCGGGUUUUCCGAAGUCAAAUUCUUUCUUGAAGAUAUCCUUCUUUGCUGGCGGGCCGCAGGAGGACGUUAGCGGCAAAUUUGGUGAGUGGUAGCUGCCACUAUUGGCAGUACUGAAAAAUUGUGGUGAGGAGGUUCCGGAUGCAGAUUUCCUAGGAGCCAACGAUGGACUCUUGAACUGGGCACCUGCUGUCAUCAUCUCCACGUUGGCGAACAUCGAAGACCUUCUCGAAGUGAUGGAGUUGCCGUCACUCACGUGUGUCAGUGGUGUACAAUCAGCCGACACAAUGGAUGAGUUUCUGGACGAAAGUCGGGACAUCGGGGAAGAUGUGUAUGGUGAUGAAUUUCCCGAUAGCGGAGGUAUAUGAUUAAAAUGGUGAAUCCCCGAGGUACCACAAUGUUCUGAUAAUCCGAUCGAUGCGGCCGAAUGUCUGCGGAUUGGCUCUGAUGAGUAGUCAUCUAUUAGUUUCCGUUUUCUGAUUGGUGGCAAGUGUUCGUAGUUGUAGGCUCUGGUGUCCAUGGAAGCACUUCUUCCGGCCCUAAUAGACUGAAAUGCGGGGGCAGGGACUUCAUCAGACGCACUUCCAAAUAUCCCGACGUUGAAAUUUACGCUUGGCUUCGGAAGAGGCAAAAUUGCUUCUGAUGAAGGUACCUGCUCGAUCGGCUUAUCAUCCGCAGAGUGUGGCUCUUGCUUCUCGUAGGAGCUCGAAUCAAGUCCUUGGAUAGACGCUCGCUUCCUUCGGUUUGCACCGCCGUUCCACCAGUUUUUCACCGCAUUAUCACUGCGGCCAUUGAGGUGUCUGGCAAUUUCGGCCCACCGUUUGCCAUACUUUUGAACCAGCUCCUCGAUAUAUUUGCCUUCUUCCGGGGUGAUCGGUGUCCGGUUGAGUGACGGUUUCAGGUUCUGAUGAUACCGUUCUCUUGCCUGUUUUGCGGUCCGGGUCUGCAGAACCUGAGAUAUCUUCACCCAGUUUAGGUUCUUUUCGCCCCCGUAUAAUCGCACUAGCUCUAAGAGUUUGCUAUCCUCUUCUGGAGACCACGGCCCACGCCGGAGUCGAAUCCCUCCGUUUUUGCCAUUUCCGUCACCGGAAUCCUUUUCCACAUGCUGAUUUUCCUGAGGCAUCUUGCUUGGUAUUAGCUGUGAACAAGUGUCUUCAAGUAUCUCUCUAGCAAGACAAGAUGCGGCGUUGUCUUUUCUAGGCUGAAAUAUGUUAUUACCCCCAAAUUAAGAUGCUCAGG